AUGGCUGAUACUGACUCUUUGUUUCAAACUUCGUUUUCAAUUGAAUCUAUGAAAGUAGUUGCAGAAAGCAUAGGAAUUAAUAAUCUCCCCGACGAUGCCGCCAAAGAAUUAUCAGAUGAUGUUUCAUUUAAAUUGAAAAUGAUUAUUCAAGAUUCGGUAAAAUUGAUGCAUCACGGGAAACGGGAAAAGUUGUGCACGGGAGACGUUGACAAUGCAUUGAAAAUGAAAAACAUUGAACCAGUUUAUGGGUUUUUUGUGCCCGAUCAUAUACCUUUUAGAUUUGCUUCUGGGGGAGGAAGAGAACUUCAUUUCAUAGAAGAAAAAGAAGUUGACUUAAACGAAAUAACUAGUGCUCCUCUACCUAAAUUACCGUUGGAAAUAAGUUUGCGGGCCCAUUGGCUGGUUAUAGAAGGUGUUCAACCAACAAUUCCUGAAAAUCCUCCUCCUAUUUCUAAAGAAAUGCAAAGACUCGAAAGUGUUGAUCCUAUAUGUAAAUUAAGUCACAAUCAGAAUGGAAAAGACAUCCCUGGUAAACCUACAACUGGAAAACUGCAAAAAUUAAAAAAUGUGGAAACCGUUCAUGUGAAGCAAUUGGCUACUCACGAACUUUCGGUAGAGCAACAAUUGUAUUACAAAGAGAUAACAGAAGCUUGGUCAGAUGAAGGACGAAGAGCAGAAGCACUUCAAAGUUUGGCUUGCGAUCCAGGUUUACAUGAGAUGCUUCCUAGAAUGUGUACUUUUAUCACAGAAGGAGUUAAAGUUAAUGUCGUUCAAAAUAAUUUAGCUUUGUUAAUAUAUUUAAUGAGAAUGGUUAAAGCCUUAUUAGACAAUCAAUCACUGUAUUUGGAAAAAUAUUUGCAUGAACUAAUUCCAUCUGUAGCUACAUGUAUAGUAAGCAAACAGCUUUGUAUGAGACCUGAAUUAGAUAAUCAUUGGGCACUAAGAGAUUUUGCAUCCAGAUUAUUGGCUCAAAUUUGCAAUAAUUUCAAUACAUCAACUAAUAAUGUGCAAAGUAGAAUAACCAGGCUUUUUAGUCGUGCAUUGCAAGGAGAAAAGGCUCCGCUUUCUUCUUUGUAUGGAGCUAUUCAAGGAUUAUCAGAAUUGGGAACAGAGGUUGUCAAGGUUCUUAUUUUGCCAAAAAUAAAGUUUUUAGGAGAGCGACUGGAAGCCUGUAAUGAUUCUUCAACAACUAAUUCAGACAAAAUAGCUGCAGGACAUAUAAAACCAUUAAUUGUCAAAGUGGUUGCUCCGCUACUCAAAAGUAUUAGAAAUCCACCUGAUUACCUGGAAGAGUUUUCAAAUGAUUUUGGUUACUUGGGACCAGCAUUACAUUCGGCAGUGGUAAAGGCAAGAAUGACACCUACAUCUGUAACUCAACCGAGUAAUUCGAUAAUUACCACAUCUGCAAUUCGCUCUAAUUCUCAACAAAGCAUAGUUGCUAAUCCAUCAACGUCUAGGACCCUAAUGGUUACUGGAAAUCAAACGCGCCCUGUUAUAACAGGAUCGGGUCAACAACAGAAAUAUUUAUUUUUAGCUAGACCUCCUGCACCGACUUCAUACAACACCAAAGAUAACAACAUCAACAUCGCAAGUGACCAAAGUUGUGGUCGUUUGCAUGGCCAAUUCUAG